UCUGGAUCUCCCUUUAGAGAAUCAACAAUGGCAUCAGUUACUACCAGUUUGAUUGAGUCAGAUUCCUACCUGACCUUCUUCAUAUUCUACUUUGUCCCAUAGGUACAAGGUGCUUAAUGCCAGUGCCAUCCCAGAGGGACAGUUCAUUGAUAGCAAGAAGGCUUCUGAGAAGCUUCUUGGGUCAAUUGAUGUGGAUCACACCCAGUACAAAUUUGGACACACCAAGGUACAAACCCUCCUUGACUCACUCACCCUGUGCCUGUGCUUUGCUCUGCCUGUCAGUGACCUGCUGCAACACUCCCUCUCUCCAGGUGUUCUUCAAAGCUGGGCUGCUGGGGCUCCUGGAGGAGAUGAGAGAUGAGAAGCUGGCACAGCUCAUCACCCGCACACAGGCCAUGUGCAGGGGUUACCUGAUGAGAGUGGAGUUCAAGAAAAUGAUGGAGAGGAGGGAGUCCAUCUUCUGCAUCCAGUACAAUGUUCGGUCCUUCAUGAACGUCAAGCACUGGCCCUGGAUGAAGCUGUUCUUCAAGAUCAAGCCCUUGCUGAAGAGUGCAGAGUCUGAGAAGGAGAUGGCCAACAUGAAGGAGGAGUUUGAGAAAACCAAGGAGGAGCUUGCAAAGUCUGAGGCCAAGAGGAAGGAGCUGGAGGAGAAAAUGGUGAAACUGGUGCAGGAGAAAAAUGACCUGCAGCUCCAAGUGCAGGCGGUGAGUAUUGCUAAUGGUUUUGGCUUGUAAUCUCUGUAAAAUGGUCCCAAAUGCCUCAGUAACAGACAUGUUAUCCCAAAACAGUAUGUAUUUUAAAAACAUAGACUUAUUUCUGGUAAACAUCAGUCUUCCUUUCAAAAUGUCCUUCUUGACCACAAGUGCUAGAAACGUGCAUAAUCUAACUACUGCCUGCAAAACAGUGAUCCUAACACAAAACUGUGCCAAAACUAUAAAUUAAAUUCAUUCUCAGCAAAUUCUUUCAAGAUAGUUCUAAGAUUUUCUCAGCUGAAUCUUAGAGUUUUUAGAAUCCAGAUUUUAAACAUUAUAUGAUAAAAAAAAUCUGCCAACAUGGUUUUCUUCCCUAGAACUCUAUGCCAGUAUCCAGUCCAAUCAAAUGCAACAUAAAUAAAAUGAUUAAAAGAUACAAAGGAGAUACGAACACAUCUAAUUUCAGGGUCUAUACUCAAAUUAACGUAGGAGCUGCAGGAGCAGUUAAACAGAUUUUUAAAAAAUCCUCAGAGCUUGUAUUUGCAGUGUAAUAAAAUAUUUCUUUAUUUUCUAGGCUGGAAGUAAUGCAAAACAAGAGAUACUCUUAAAAUAAUGAGUUUUAAUUACAAAGGACUUUGUUUGAAAACCAGUAAGAAAAAAUAAUUAUACAAAAAAAAUUUUUUAAUUAAUCAUGUAGGAAGCUGAUGGUCUGGCUGAUGCUGAG